AUGCUGAAGAAGUCUAUACACCCCCCUCUACUCUUCUGGCACAGCACCCCUACUUCCACACCGGAACUCUCUCCGACCUCGUCCUCAUCGGAUAGCGAGUCGGACGAGGACAUGGACCCUGCUGGUUCACGCCCGCUAAGUCUGGCUAUUCCUCAGGGCACUUUCUGUCCCAUGCGACCGACUCUCGAUGAGGUGCUCGCGAAUACAGCACCUGCUCCUUAUACCCUCGGUGCCUUCAUGGCCUACCUUUCACAGAAUCACUGCCUCGAGACGUUGGAGUUCACAUUGGAUGCAAAGCGGUACCGGGAAACAUAUGAAGAACUUAGUCGCCAAUUAGGAGAGUUUCCGAUUGAGGCUGAUUGCUCAGAGAGCCGACAUCUGCGUAUGCUCUGGCAACGACUCUUGUCUGCAUAUAUUCUCCCCGGGUCCCCGCGUGAAAUCAAUGUCUCGAGUGAGGUCCGUGAUGAUAUCCUUCAACAUGCCAACGCGUCUAUUCCUCCACCCCCCUCGAUGCUCGACGCGGCGGUUAAACUGGUUCAUGAUUUGAUGGAGGAAUCGAUCUUCAUGCCGUUCCUGAACGCCCACUCAUCCUCCGCCCACGUUUUCCCACUCUCGGAACCUCUGUUUUCCCACGAUGACAGCGGUGUCACGAUCGUAUCCAACCCGAGUCUCGACGAGCACGCGGUCAAACGAGUUCGAUCGAAAGGUGGACGCCUUUCGCCCCGGCAGUCGAGGGAAUUAGGAUCCCCGAUCUCUACAAGCCCGCCUUCCAGCCUCUCCCGCUCGAGCUUCUCCCUCAACGCUGUCUCUUCUCUCGGUAAAUCCUCUCACCGAUCGUCCACCCAGCCGUCCAGUACAAGUGGUGAAUCCGCGCCAGCCGGUUUGUCCGACGACUCCGGCAGUUUGCAGUCGAGUACUGGGGAGCCAAUGACCCCCCCGACGACACCUCCUUCUAGCGAGCCGAGCAUGCAGGCUAGCAGUCCUAAGAACCGUGUCGACAACCCUUGGAAGAAAAUGGGUAUGAAGCUCGGCUUCAAAAAACGGGGCGGCGGCAGUCAAAGCAUGCGAUUUCCCCACGAUGAAUGA